CUCGAGAAGCAAAAAGUGGUGAAAUAGGCAGGGAAGAUCAGAUUUCAAGCUCAACGAGGAAAUGAGUCUGGAUAGCAAUUCAUUGGUCCCAGUUAACUCCGGGCUAGAGAACUUGAACUCUCCUGUUCUCUCAAAGAUUUGUGCGUGGGGUGUAAUGUUUGGGCUCUUUGCGGUUUCAUUAAUCGCCAUGGCUUAUGCUUGCUACCACAAGCAAAGCACUUCGAAUUCUUGCAUCGAAGAGCAAGAGAAACAAGGAAAGAAGCAAGUGUUGAAGCCAUUAGAUAUGGAACCAAGGAUUGUUGUUAUAAUGGCUGGUAAUGAUAACCCUACCUUCUUGGCUAAGCCAACUAAGAUCAAUGCAUGACUGAUAUUGUCUCAAAUGAUAAAGUUUAAAAUCACUAGAUUAGUGUUUUGUGUUUCUUUCGUUAUGCUUGUUAAUUGGGUUCGAUGCACAGGACGCCACUAUUUAUAUAUAUCCUUGACUAGUAUUCUGCUGAUUUCUUAUUUAAACUCGAUUAAUUCGGCUUUAGAUGAUAAACAUUUGUUGUUAUUUAGAUGAUCCUUUGAACAUAUUGGAAUGAGAGCCGAUAUUUUACA